AUGGCGGGUAUAGAUAUCGAAAUUCAAGAGCAAGAGGUGCCUUGUACCGUUGUUGAUGCAACGGAGCUAGAGAAGGUCCAAACCCCUAGUGAAAUGCCCAAGCCCAUUCUCAAGGAGUCUGGUGGUAGUGGAGAUGUGGCUGGUCAGGCUAAUGGUCAUGGCCAAAAGGGUGAUGCUGGAGCUGUGAAUCACUCUGAGAGGAGGACUCGUACCAGGGUGCAAUUUGCGACUCCUCCUGCUGUGACUAAGACUGAGACUGAGACUGGAGAUGGAAAUCCCAAAAAGCGGAACACUUGGUUGCUGGACAAUUCCCAGGGACGGGAAGUUGAUGUGGCAGGGACACCAGAGGAACAGCAGAUGUUUCUGAGAGAAUUGGAGACCUUUCACAGAGAGAACUUCCUGGAGUAUAAGCCUCUUAAGUUUUAUGGGCAGCCUUUGAACUCUCUCAAGCUAUGGAGAUCAGUGGUUAACUUAGGUGGCUAUGACGUGGUCACCACAACCAAGCUAUGGCGGCAAGUUGGAGAAUCCUUCCAUCCUCCAAAGACAUGCACAACAGUCUCCUACACCUUCCGCAAUUUCUAUGAGAAGGCACUUUUGGAGUUCGAGAAGUACCUAAGGAGAAAUGGUGACAUUGACCUUCCCGGUUCAACAGACAUGUCUUCCAGCGUCGACAAAGAGGUCGUUGCCAAUCAAGGCUCAGGUUCAGGCAGGGCACGGAGAGAUUCUGCAGCUCGUGCUAUGCAAGGUUGGAGCGCUCAGCGCCAGGCUGGAUCUGGAGAGGAUAAGAGCUUAACCUUUACCCCAAAGCAAAAGAAACUCAAAAACAUUGGUGAUCAGAAACCGAACACACAAGCUGUCGUGGACCCUGCUGCUUCAAAUGAAAAAGAACAGUCCGCUGUUGCUGAUGUCGUUGAUGAUGGACCCCUUGCUGACUGGGUCAAGAUAACUGUCAAAGAAACUAAGGAAGCCUUUGAGGUAUUUGCCUUGAUUCCUGGACUUCUUCGCGACGAGGUUCGCAUUCAAUCAGAUCCGGCAGGAAAGCUGAUCAUAACAGGGCAGCCUGAGCAGCUUGACAAUCCUUGGGGCAUUACACCAUUCAAGAAGAUUGUUAGCUUAGCAGGAAGGAUCAAUCCGCUUCAGACGAAUGCGAUCAUGAGCAUGCACGGUCGCCUGUUCAUACGAGUUCCGUAUGAGAAGUGA